UAUAACGUUUUAUCAAUUGAACUAAAAAAAAAUUACACCCAACGGUUAUAAAUAUUUACCAAUUCUGCUUCUCCCUCUACAACACUCAAGCUUUUCCUCGCUUUGCCAUGGCCGUCGACAAGCUUCUGCGAGGCAUUGCAACGAGCCCCAAGAAGCUCCAUCUUCUCCAGAACGCACCGGGCCUCAGAGGAAAAGCCAUCACUCCCAUUUCUGAAGAUGGGUUGCUCCAAUUUCUCCAAUCCAUUGCUCUCAGUCUCAACAACCAACAUUCCGAUGACCCCUUCUACGUCUUCGAUUUGGCCGUUCUCGUCCGCCUAAUGGACCGCUGGACCCGCUCGCUUCCCGCCGUCCGCCCUUUCUACGCCGUCAAGUGCAACCCUGACCCGGCUCUCCUCGGCGCCAUGGCGGCCCUCGGUUCCAAUUUCGACUGCGCAAGCCGGGCCGAAAUUGAAGCCGUACUCGCCCUCGGUGUCUCACCGGACCGGAUCGUUUUCGCCAAUCCUUGUAAAGCAGAGUCCCACAUCAAAUUUGCCGCCUCCGUCGGCGUCAAUUUGACCACUUUCGAUUCGAUCGAAGAAGUCGAAAAGAUGCGGCCAUGCCACCCGAAAUCCGCCCUGUUGAUUCGGAUCCAACCGCCGGAAGAAGGGGGCGCCCGGUGCCCGUUGGGCACCAAAUUUGGGGCGCUUCCGGACGAAAUUACCCCCCUGCUCCAAGCCGCAAAAGAUGCUAAUCUCGCCGUCGCYGGCGUCUCUUUCCACGUCGGGGGUGGGGCCACUAAAGCGGGGACUUAUUCGGCCGCCAUUGCAGCCGCGAAAGGUGCUUUCGAAACGGCGAUCGGACUCGGCCUGCCGCCGAUGAAUGUGCUCAACAUCGGCGGCGGAUUCUCUGGACACUGUUUUGACGGGGCAGCAGCUGCCGGAGUUGGAGGUCGGCGAUUGGCUGGUCUUUCCGAAUAUGGGUGCCUACACUGCGGCGGCGGGAUCCAAUUUCAAUGGCUUUUGUACGGCGGCGAUCAAGAUAUACCUUGUCUAUUCGAAUUUCAAAACGGCGGCCUACUGAAUUGA